AUGGACUCCUCAGAGCAGAGGAGUGAGAAGCUAACAUGGAUCCAGCUGCCAGAGUCCAGCCUGAUCGACAUCUUGCGUGCGCUGCUGCUCAACGACAUUUUCAACGUAACUGCCUGUGACAAGCGCUGGCUUUUGGUGGGCAACGGCGCACCACACUUUCCAGUCUUGGAUGAUAUGCCACUCGCAGUUAUGUUGCUUCCGCCUCUGAAAUCCCGUUUGCCACGCGUGAAGAGCUUACUUUGUACCCACAUUGAAGACUGGCAACCCCUCUACGCGCCUGCCUUGAAGACCGCUGGACAUUUAAUCCAGCAGCUAGUGAUGCGCCUCAGUGAGAAUAUUGGAGAGUCCGAGCUUGUUCACAUCCUGACCUUUUGCCCUUGCUUGCGGCGCUUUGAGUUAACUGACUACGACCUUGUUGGGGCCUUGACCGGUGAUUUUCUGAAGCACUUGCCAGCUGGAUUGGCAGAACUGCGCUUGUGCUUGAUCCGCUUUUUGCACGAUGCAGGUCUCAAAGCAGCGGUGGAGGCCGCUCCGCAAUUGCAGAGUGUUUGCCUGGAAGGUGUGGACGAGCUCACCAGUCCUGGGAUGUGUGCCCUUGCAGAUCUCAGACUGCUGACUGAGCUCAGUUUGGUUUGCACUCGGGCUGCAGCUGUUCCACAGGUCUCUGAGGAGGCUCUCCUGUGCAUCCUGGCCUGCGAAUCCAGGCUGCAGGCGCUGGAAGUCUCAGAGAAAGCGGGACCUCCCUUGUCCUUGCAAGCUGGAGGUGAUCAUUUCAUGAAAGCACUGGGCAAACAUUCGCUGAGGAGCCUAUCUCUGUCUGGCGUUGUGGGAAUAAGUGAUAGCGCUCUUCGGCUGCUCGCAACUUCAUGCCCUGAGCUGCGCGAGCUAUCCUUGUUCCGCCCGGGGAAUCAGAUCUCCUCCGGGGGCCUCCAGCAAGCUCUCGAAAGUCUCCCGUGCUUAGAAAGCCUCAGUCUGGGCUGUGUGGCAGAUUUCCCCGGAGCCUUUGGCGCUGUCCAGGCGGCUCAUCGCUUGAAGUCUUUGGAAAUGACGCGUUAUUUCCGCACGGCAGCCGAAGUGUCCCUGGUUUCUGUACUCAGAAAGCUGCAGGCCUCGUUUCCCUGCCUUAGCUCUGCUGUGUUUCGAGGAUCGUUUUCCGCCGAGCAAGUUUCUGCUUGCCGUAUGACACUGGAAAUCCAGCCGGACGAGGACUUGCAGCUACAAUGGCAGCAGUUGGAUGAACAGACAUUUUGGCUCCAGUGGUUUUCUGAGCAGGAGAGCAGAUUCCGCGUUUCAGUGCAGUUGCAGAGGUGUUUCCGGGAGACUGAUUUUCUGUGA